AUGUUUAAAGAUGAAGUAGCUGGUAGACAGAUUACUAAAUUUGUUGGUCUUCGUCCGAAGCUUUAUACUUUCAAGAUAGAGGAUGGAAGUUUAACCAAGAAGUGUAAAGGUGUAAAGAAGAAUGUUGUAAAAAAGGGAAUAGAAUUUGAAAAUUAUGUUGAGUGUUUAUUUACUGGUGAAAAGCAAAUGAGAACUAUGAAAAUUAUAAGAAGUGAAAAUCAUGACAUUUACUCAAAGGAAGUAAAUAAAAUAGCUUUGAGUAGUGAAGAUGACAAGCGCGUUGUAAUGAAGGAUAAAGUAGAAACUCUUGCUUUAAGAUAA